CCCCUCGUUUCAAAAGAAUACAAAACCUAUUUCCGCUCUUACCAGCCUUGUAUUCAAAAUUAUAGCAUAAAAUAACACGCAAAAUUCAAAAUAAAAAUACCAUAGAAAACCACCAUAUUCUUCCCCUCUCCUCUCUCUUCGUUCCUCUCGCCAUGGGCGAUCCAAUCCCUCCAAUCCCUAACCCUAAUUCCCCCCAAUCGCCGCCGUCCUCCCUUCCGCUGCCGGCGACGGCGCCACCGCCCCCUUAUUCCGGCUGGCGCUCCUUCUCUGUCCCCCGGCCGGCGAUCCGAGUGACGUCGGUGUUCGACAGCGACAGCUCGGCGUUCUUCCACAAGGUCUCCUGCCGCCUCUUCGAUCGACUCGCCAAGAUCAAGCUCUCCUUCCAGAACGACCCCAGCGGCGAGGUCGCCUUCCCCCAGCUCGGCUUCCUCACCAAGCACUUCGCCGUCCUCUACGACCUAGAGUCCCGCAAUGCCCUCCUCAAGGGCUCCUUCGAUCUCGCCAACUUCCUACAAGUCCGGGCCACCCACGAUGUCAAAGAGCAACAAGGAGAAGUGGCAAUGGUAGCAAGCCUGGCCGAUCCAUCAUAUAAACUGGAAUUGUCUUCUUCUGUUCCGUCAGUGGGAUUGCCAAAAGCAACUAUUCAUUUCCCCCUUGGUGAAGUUUCAGUCGAGAAGGAAACUAAGGAAGUUGAGAACGUACUAUCAGUAAAUGGGAUUUUGAAAGGUCAUAUGUUGAAUGGAGUUUGUACUGCAUUAUAUAAGGACAAUGAUUUGAACCUAAGAUACUGUUAUAAGGAUGAGGAAUUGUCAUUUAUUCCCAGUGUCUACUUACCUUCAAAUGCCCUAUCCUUUGCAUUCAAACGGCGUUUCAGUCCUUCGGACAAAUUAAGCUACUGGUACCACUUUGACUCCAGUGAGUGGAGUACGGUUUAUAAGCACACUAUUGGUAAAGACCUUAAAUUUAAAGCUGGCUAUGAUUCUGGCGUGCGACUUGGAUGGGCUUCUCUUUGGGUUGGAGAGGAAGAUGGCAAAACAAAAACCGCCCCUAUGAAGAUGAAAGUUCAAUUCAUGCUCCAAGUCCCUCAAGAUGAUAUUGGUAACUCGAUUCUCAUGUUCCGGGUGAAGAAGAGGUGGGACUUCUAGUUCUUAUGUCCUCCCUUUGUUUUAACAAGUUGAGAUAUGCAUAUUGGAAGUCGGGCCUUUGUUGUAUCAAAUGUUGGGGUUACAUAUGACUGUUAUAUAAAUGUCUAUGAUUGCCUUGUUUCAUGGCCAAACUUUUUUUUUUUGAUUAUAAAUGUCGAUUCUUGAUACCAAGUCUGAAACCUCAUAUAGGAAACUGUGGUCUAAUUAACUCUCCAAAUUGACUGGCA